AUGGGAGAUUCAAUAUCGCCCCUGGGAGCCAUUACCUUGCCUCUGACUAUGGGGACCCCGCCGAGAUCGAAGACCAUAAUGACCACUUUCCUGGUGGUCGACCAUCCCACCGCUUACAAUGCCAUACUAGGUCGACCGACCCUCAACAAGGUCAGAGCCGUCGUCUCAACCUACUACCAAACCGUCAAAUUCCUGACUCGCGAGGGGGUCGGGGAAGUCACCGGAAGCCCCCGAGAGUCCAGGCGCUGCUACCUUACCUCCGUCUCAUUAGGCAAGAGAACCAGGGCCGAGGCACCCUUGGAAGAUCCACGGGAAGCGAAGAAACUGGCUCCUCAUCCCGAGCCGAGGGGAUCCACUGUUGACGUUCCUUUGCAGGAAGCGCGGCCGAACCAAACGGUUAGGGUCGGAUCGGAACUACCCGAACGGGAACGGGAACAGCUCGUCGGUCUUCUGCGGGAAAAUGCCGACAUCUUCGCCUGGUCCCCAUCGGACAUGGGGGGGGUCGACCCAGUGGUCGCGGAGCAUCAUCUCAAUAUCCCACCUGACGCUCGCCCAGUGAAGCAAAAGCCCCGGCGCCACGCCCCUGACCAACAACGCGGCAUACAAGAGGAGGUGGACCGACUCUUAGCGGUAGGCUUCAUAGAAGAAGCCAAGUAUCCUCAGUGGUUGUCCAAUAUCGACCAGCUAGUCGACGCGACGGCGGGGCAUGCACGCCUCUCUUUCAUGGACGCCUAUUCAGGGUACAACCAGAUCAAGAUGGCGCUCGAAGAUAGAGAACAUACGGCUUUCCUCACCGAUCAAGGGAUAUACUUCUACAAGGUCAUGCCGUUCGGGUUAAAAAAUGCCGGGGCCACAUACCAGAGGACGGUAAACAAGAUGUUUGCCCAUCAAAUCGGCAGAAACAUGGAAGUCUACGUGGACGACAUGAUUGUGAAAAGCCGAGAGGCCGGAACGCACCUUGCCGACCUGGCCGAGGCCUUCGCCACGCUGCGCAAGUUCGGCAUGCGGCUCAACCCCACAAAGUGCGCUUUCGGCGUCACCUCCGGGAAGUUCCUAGGAUUCAUUCGAUUCAACGGAAGACUUGUCGCCCUGUCCCGCUUCCUCGCCCGAUCGGGCGAUCGCUGCCUCCCGUUCUUCAAGGCGCUCAAAAACCCGAAGAAUUUCCAAUGGACAUUGGAAUGCGAGGAGGCUUUAAAGCAGAUAAAGCAACACCUGGCCAGCCUCCCUCGGCUCGCCUCUGUCUCCCCCGGCGAGAAGCUGGGACUCUACCUAGCAGCCUCCCCGCAUGCGGUCAGCUCCGUCCUUGUCAAGGAAAGCUCCGGCCCGCAACUCCCGAUCUACUACGUCAGCCACGUCCUGAGUGGACCUGAAGAGCGCUACCCGCCGAUAGAAAAACUCGCACUCGCCCUGAUGCUCUCGGCUCGGAAGUUGCGCCCUUACUUCCAGGCGCACCCGGUGGAAGUCAUCACCGACCAGCCUCUCCGGCAGGUCUUAACAAAAUUCGAUGUUGCAGGUCGGCUCCUCCGAUGGGCGGUGGAGCUCGGUGAACAUGAUAUCAGUUACGUACCCAGGACCGCCAUGAAGGCCCAGGCGGUAGCCGACUUCGUCGCGGAGUUAGCUCCGAUAGACAGAGAUCCCGAGCAAACCCCCGAGGCUUGGAUCCUACACGUGGACGGCUCGGCCAACUCGAGUGGUGCCGGAGCGGGGCUGGUCCUCCUCGCCCCUGACGGACGCUCGUUCGAGCGUUCCCUCCGCUUCAGGUUUAAAGCCACUAAUAACGAUGCGGAAUACGAGGCACUCCUAGCGGGAUUGAGGCUGGCCCUCGAGAUGCAGGUGGACGCAAUACAUGUCCUCACCGACUCGCAACUUGUGGCCAAACAGCUCAGCGGUGGAUAUGAAGCUCGGGACGCAACCAUGGCCAAAUACCUGGCACGGGUAAGAGACCUAACCGCGAGAUUCCCUUACUUUACAUUAUCUAAUGUUCCGAGGGAGGAAAACGAGCGAGCCGAUGCGCUCGCUAAGCUGGCGUCAAGACAAACCCCCGAAGCGUGGCCAGAGAUUGAGGAGCUCCCCGCUCGUGCCAUCGAAGUAGCGACUAUGGCCCCAGGCGGUGCGCCGACCACGUGGGUGCAAGAGUUGCUGCGCUUCAAGCGGGAUGGAACUCUCCCCCUCGACGAAGUCGCAGCUCGGCGUCUGCGCCGCACACACGCGUGGUACGCCGAGGAGAGUGGUCGCCUUUACAAACGGUCCUUCACCCAUCCCCUCCUGCGAUGCUUGGAGCCUGACGAAGCACGGACAGUCCUGGCCGAAACUCACGAGGGGGUCUGCGGCGAACACAUCGGCGGACGAACCUUGGCGCACAAGAUACUCCGCCAAGGCUACUACUGGCCAACCAUGUGCCGAGAUGCGAAAGCCUACUGGGGGCUGGACCUCCUCGGUCCCUUCCCACCGGCUUCUGGACAGCAGAAGUACAUAAUUGUAGGAGUAGACUACUUCACAAAGUGGGUCGAGGCCGAGCCACUGGCGACGAUCACGGAACAUCAGAUGGAGAAAUUCGUGUGGAAGAACCUGGUAACUCGGUUCGGGUUGCCCAGGGCCAUUAUCACCGACAACGGACCUCAGUUCGCAGGCACAUGGUUCCGGGAAUUCUGCGCCGGUCAUGGCAUUCAACUAAGGUUCAGCUCGGUGGCCCACCCUCAGACGAACGGGUUGGCCGAGGUAACCAACAAGUCCAUCUUAGAUGGCCUCAAAAGAAGAGUGUCUGCGGCCCGAUCGACCUGGACGGACGAGCUCCCCAGUGUGUUAUGGUCGCUGCGCACCACUCCCAAGACUGCGACCGGAGAAUCCCCGUACAGCUUGACGUUCGGAACCGAGGCCAUCCUACCACCCGAGAUGGCUAUUGCCACGCUUCGAACGAGGAGCUACGACGAGGAAGCCUCGAACCAGGGACUUCGCGCCAGCCUCGACAUGCUCGAGGAGCGACGCACCGACGCGCACCUGAAGGCCCUCUCUCACCAGAGAGCCGUCGCCAGGGUCUACAACAGAAAGGUACGACCCCGACCGAUCAAGUUAGGCGAUCUAGUCCUACGAAGGGCCGAGGUCAGCAACCCGACCCGAACGAGGGGGAAGCUGGCCCCCAAGUGGGAGGGACCAUAUCGGGUCGCCGGCGUGGUCCAACCGGGUACGUAUCGGCUCACAGCGAUGGACGGUUCCUCCUUGCCGAGAACGUGGAACAUCCAGAACCUUAAAAAGUUCUUUGUCUGA